GAAUCGAGAUAGACAGCCUCUAUCAGAAUAUGGCCUAACAACAUCCAAAAUGGACACCCGAUAAGAAAAUACAGGAAUUUGGAUUAUUAAACAGAAAUGUUCUAGCAACAACAAAAACUUAACACGUACAAUAAUUGAACAUGAAUACUUGUAGACGAAUUUUCUCGGGGAUUCAGCCGACUGGUGUGCCCCACAUUGGCAAUUAUUAUGGCGCGAUAAAGAACUGGGUCAAACUGCAAAGUAAAUCGGACCAAGUCAUAUUUAGCAUAGUUGACAUGCACGCAUUGACGAUUCCCAAGGAUCCUGAAGGUUUAAGAAUCACUAUAGAACAAACAGCUAUCAGCCUGCUAGCCGCAGGAAUUGAUCCAGUUAAAUGCAUUCUCUUCCAGCAAUCGCAGGUCCCAGAACAUUUGGAACUUUCUUGGAUCUUGAGUUGUCUAACUUCAACUGGUCAACUAAAUAGAAUGCACCAAUGGAAGACAAAAGCUGCAGCCCAAAAGGAAAAAUCUUCUCUGGGCCUCCUUUCAUAUCCAGUACUCAUGGCUGCAGAUGUUUUAUUAUACAAAACAACCCAUGUUCCUGUUGGUGAAGACCAGAUACAGCAUCUAGAGUUGGCCAGGGAUCUUGCUAGAUUGUUCAAUAAUAGAUAUGGGCAUAUUUUUCCAGAACCAGUUCCUAUUCUAGCAAAUACAUGUCGAGUUAUGAACCUGCAAGACCCGAGCAAGAAGAUGAGCAAGUCAGAAACGAACAAUCGAGGCCGAAUUGACCUGACAGACACGCAAGAAGAAAUAAAUAAUAAAAUUAAAAAAGCAGUCACUGAUUCUAUUCUUCAUUUGACAUAUGAGCCAAAAGAAAGAGCUGGCAUUGCGAAUUUGAUAAGUAUAUUCUCGUCAAUAACAGGAGAUUCCCCAGACAAAAUUGUUCAGAAAUAUUCAGAUAAACAACCUUUUACAAAAUACUUAAAAUCUGAUCUAGCCGACUACUUAACGGAAGAUUUAGAGAGUUUUCGAAAAGAAUUCCAAAGACUAGGAAACGAUCGUGGAUAUGUUCGCAGCGUCCUUGAUGAUGGAUGGAAAAGAGCGAGAUCUAUAGCGACAGAAAAUAUAAAAGAUAUUAAAGAAUGUCUUGGUUUAAACAUCAAGUAAAAGCUGAUGUGUCACUUACAUUGUAUUCCUUUUAGGUAUUUAUUCCCUUUUAAGGUAUUCAAAUCUCUCUUUACUGCA